AUGGAGACCUGGUUUUGGAUCCUUGGCUGGGUUCUUUCAUUCCUGACCAUCCUUGGAAAUGGAUUUACAAUCUUCCUCGUCUGCAGCAGACGAAAUCUCCGCACCAAAACCAACGCGUUUAUUGUUUCACUUGCAGUAGCGGAUUUUUGUGUGGGUUUGAGCGUUAUUCCUUCUCUGUUCGCAUGCGACGUUACAAACACCUGCUACUGGCCUCAACAUUUGGGAUCUUGGGUGAAUUUUAUAAGAUGGUUGUUCCAUCCUCUAAAAUACAUUACUUUGAUGACUCGCCGUCGAAUUAUUCAAGUUAUUUUCUUCUCUUGGGUUUUAACAGUUAGUUAUAAUGCGCUAAAGGAUACCCUUCAAUUGUUUUAUUUCAAAACAAUACCUGUCCUUUUUACUUGCCUGACCAUAGUUUCAAAGUUUCUUCCGUGUGUUGUAUUAAUACUCUGCUUUGUAUCGAUGAUAUUUCAUGUAUGCAGGCAUGAACAGUCAGCACGCACCUUGGCGAAACAGUUACGUUUUAACCAUCAGAUGUCCUUUAAAAUCCAGCACGACAGGUCUGCAGUAAUAAUGAUGGGUCUUGUGAUAGCAGUGUUUCUUGUUUGCUAUGGUAUUCAUCUGUGUUGUAGUUUUCUAACACUAUCCUCAUCACGAUGUAAUGAUGAAACUACAAAAUUCCUUUCUUGGUUUUAA